ACAGCCUCGUCCUUAAAAAUAGAACUUACCCUUUGGAAAACCCCAUCCUAAUGAGUUAGAAAAUUCUAUCCAAACCCGAGGACGUUUGCGCGUGGGCUGUGCGUGUGUAUACAUUUAAUUAUCUUGAUUUACAAUUCCAUGAAAACAAAAACGAAAAUGAUAUUUUACCGGAGACCUUGAAGGUCGAUGAUUCUUGUACAAUAUCGAGCAGAUAAUGCAUGUCUUUUCUUCAUCCCUGCAACAAAUAUUUCCUAUUUAAUUAGUUCGACGUAUUUCUUUCAUUGCAGGGGAAACCUGAUUGAUUACUGUGCUUCUAUCAGCGUAGCGGCCGCGGCCAUGGCUAUGGCCAUGAACUUAAGCGCGUCUUACAUGCGAAUAGCGCAACCUGUAGCUACAAUUCCUAAGAAUAAAAAUGCUCUUCCGUUACAGAAAAAUAUAAGCUGCAAAUUGAACUGUUCUUCAAACCCUUAUAGUAAAAACGCUCUUACAAUCUGCAAUCUGAAAUGCUUUUCUUUAAACCCUGGGGUGACCUGGACACUGCGAACUGCAGCGUGGAGUAAGAAUAAGGUUACAUCCUUAAAAAUGGUUAAAGCGCAGGCUUCCUCUGCAACGGCGCAGGACGAAAGCACUGGAACUUCAGGUGAAUACCCCGUGGAUACUCGAAUUCCUGCCACUAUUCUCACUGGCUUCCUUGGUUCAGGGAAGACAACUCUUCUCAAUCAUAUUCUAACCUCUCACCACGGAAAGCGGAUUGCAGUCAUAGAAAAUGAGUAUGGUGAAGUUGAUAUUGAUGGAUCACUAGUCGCCUCACAGUUGUCAGGAAGUGAGGACAUUGUUAUGCUGAACAAUGGUUGCUUAUGCUGUACAGUAAGAGGUGAUUUAGUGCGAAUGAUGUCAGAAUUAGUGACAAAACAGAAGGGCAAAUUUGAUCACAUAGUCAUAGAAACAACAGGUCUUGCAAAUCCUGCUCCUAUAAUUGAAACAUUCUAUGCGGAAGAUAAGAUAUCGGAAAAUGUGAAACUUGAUGGGGUGGUGACUUUGGUUGAUGCAAAAAAUGCAACAAGACAUUUGGAAGAGGUUAAGCCAAAAGGAGUAGUGAAUGAGGCUGUGGAGCAAAUCGCAUAUGCUGACCGUAUUAUACUUAACAAGACUGACUUGGUUGGUGAGGUAGAGACAAGAGCUUUGAUGGAAAAGAUAAAGCGGAUCAAUGGGUUGGCUCGUGUUAAGUAUACCAAGUUUGGUGUAGUUGAUAUGGACUAUGUCCUUGGAAUUGGUGGCUUUGACUUGCAAAGGAUUGAAUCUGAAGUUCAUACAGAAAAUUCAAGUGAAGAUCACGAUGACCACAUCCAUCAUCAUGAUCAUGAACAUGAUCAUCAUGAGCAUGGACAUGAAAGCGACGGUCAUCAUCAAGAGCAUGGACAUGAAAGUCAUGCUCACCAUCAUGAGCAUGACCAUGUACAUGAUCCUGGGGUUUCUUCUGUUGCAAUUGUUUGUGAUGGAUCUUUAGAUCUUAAUAAGAUAAAUAUGUGGUUGGGACAAUUAUUACUAGAUCGUAGUGAUGAUAUAUACAGAAUGAAGGGUGUGCUUUCUGUUGAUGGCUUCAAUGAACGAUAUGUAUUUCAGGGCGUGCAUGAUAUUUUCCAUGGUUCUCCCGACCGAAUGUGGGGACCUGAAGAGAAAAGGACCAAUAAGAUCAUCUUUAUUGGAAAAGAUUUGGAUAACGAAGCCUUGCAAAAGGGUUUCAAGGAAUGCCUACUCUGAACCUUAUAAUUCAGAGUGUAUUCCACAAUUCUUACUUAACUGGAUUCAAUGAUACUAAAGAAGAACAGAAUUGAUGGCCCUCAAUGACAUAUCUGUGUAGCUAUUCCAGCAGCUGAAUGGUGGCAUUUAGAGAUGGGUUCCUACUAAGCAUGUAAAUGAAAGGAAACACAGAUUUGGAACGUGAGAGCACUGCUUCAAAACUCAUUAGAAACACAGAUUAGUCCGGGACAUAUUUUUGCAGUUUGAACAUAAUGUUUGAAGCUGUGUAGCUAUUGAACAAGGGUCAAUUUUUUUUUGACAUAAAAGUGAUUUCAAGUCACAAAUAGUCAACAGACUGCUCAAAACCAAUUUACUGAUACAAUAACACAUUCCUUAAUCAAGCAAACCAUUUGAUGGAAAGAUUUGAUGAAAGUGAUAGUUUAUAGAACAUUUGCUAUUGUCUGUAAUGCAUUCUCUGAUCUAUGCCAUGGGCCUUCUCUCAUCGUAACAAUAUUUGAAGAUUCAUUGUUCACCAAAGGCUGAGCAUGGUCUGCCAUAUUAGAUUGACUGUAUACUCUCGAUGGCCAUCAUCUUUUAUCAUCACUGAUCUAGUCAUGCUUAUCAUAACUGAACUGGCUUGAGAGGGGAAUUUGCAUUAAGUUUGAUGUCAAACCCUCUCCAUUCAUCUGCAUCAUAAACUGUGUUCCUACAUAAAAUCACUAGAGAAUUGAGCCAUUGCAUUCUCAGAUAACUCCAUUGACUUGAUUGUUCGUGAAACUAAAAAAUCUACUAUGUGGAAAGUUAAAAUUGAAAUAAAAUUCCAAAAUUUAUGCCUAA